GUGUUUAAGCAUCUCGCACAUUUAUAAAGCCCCCCACUUCCUGUCUGAGUGGUCCGCUGCUCUGGUGCAGAGCAGAGGGACAGCUUGUGCAUAGUGUGUGUCUUGAGGUGUUUGGCGGUUGGUGUUGUACGGGUUCUGCAGAAUUGGUUGAGUUUGGAGAGGACAAGAACAUAGGUCGUAUAAAGUUGCUGCUGAUAUGUUCUUGCUUUGCCUCUGCAUGUUGCAUUAGUUCAUCUUCUUUCUUCUCCUGAAUCUCCAUUUGCUUCUUUUUGCUUUCCUUUGCCUUUGCGAGGAAUCUCCUCCUUAUAUUGUUUUUGGAGGAUUCUUGUCCUUUUUCCCUCUCUGCCCAAGAAUUUUGAACUUGCUUGCAGUGCCGACACUGCAGAGGUUGUGGUUAAGGUUUACGACCUCUCUCUCUCUCUCUCUCUCUCUCUCUCUCUCUCUCUGAAUUGGCUGGAAUAUGUCCGUUUCAUCAGUUAAAGACACUCUCUCUGUGUUUGGUCUGUGAGGAAUUCUCUUUUGUCUUCCUACCCUUGUUUAGUAAGUCGACCCGUAGUGUUUGGAGUUGAUGAAUUUUCCGGGGAAAAUGGCGGUUUUUAAAGCUGUUUCAGGGCAUUUAAAUGCUUUCUCGUUGCUAAAACCAGACGGUGUUGGCGAGCAGAUUUCCAAGUGCUUUUUCAUCAGAAUCUCUUGAACCUCCCUCCCUCUUAUCUUUUUCUUACAUCAAGAAUCUUGAAGAUUUCCAAUACCCUUUGCUUCACUUUGGUUUUGAAUUUUUCGAGAAAACCACUGUUUCAAUAGCAUCGACAUCUAUUGUUAUUAAGACCAAAAGAAUGGUUGAUCCACAUAGGAAAUGGUCGCAGGAAAGGGCUACAACAUUUGAGGCCGCGAUCUGGGCUAUCAAGAUAGCACUAAUCUGUGUAGGAAUUGGGUCCUGCCUUAUCCUGUUCAAGAUUGCAGUGAUCCCUUGCACAUCGACCUUCCUCAUCUCCACUAUCCCCAGCUUCUGGAGCUCCAUCAAGGCCUUCCUAUACCCACCUUACAUUUACAUCCUCCUCCACUUCAUUAUCGUCGCCAUUGUCGCUUCGUCCACCUUCCACCACCCGAGCCAGAUCAUCAAACCUGUGAAAAAGGCUCUCCUCCGCACAGAAAAGAGUCUGAAUCUGAACUUUGGUUUCAAAAGUGGAGAAGAUGAAGCAGCAGUCUUUGAGGUCACUGCUUCACAAGGAGAAGCCGCCAAAGAGUCUCGUCUUCAAGAUCAAGAAUGGAAAAAUGUCGCCUUUACUCGAAAUCAAGAAGAAGUGAUCAAGCCAAUGGCGGCGGCGGCUUCUGUCGACAAGAACGUGGACCCAUCGACGGAAACUUCCGACGAUGAGGCUCUCUCGGGAAAAUCCGGCGAGAUUACCGGGGAAACCGACGGGGAAGAGAAGGCGGGUUUGCCAAAACCCGAAGAGCCAGACGACUCGCUGGACACUGUUUGGAAGGCAAUCAUGGAGAGCCAGGGGUGGCCAGCGACGUGGAAGCUGAAGAAGAGCGACACGUGGGAUUCACCGCCGAGGGCGGCGGCGGCGAAGGGGGCGGCGGCGGCAGGUCCUUGUCGGCGCGAGCUGCGGAAGUCGGACACGUUCAGGGAGAGGGUGGCGUCCGCAAGGGAGAAGUCGACGAAUCAAGACGAAUUGCACCGGCGAGCGGACGAGUUCAUAAGGAAGAUCAACAACGACCUGAGAUUGCAGAGGGAAGAAUCCGAUCAGCGCCACAUCGAGAUGGUGAAUCGCGGCGUGUAUUGACCGAAAGAGCUCUUGUCAGGGCGAGUCUUAUCACGGAGUUUCGGGAGGUACAUUACGGGCUUCUGAAUGUAUCAUAACAUCAAGCAACUCUUUAACAAGAACUUAGUCAAGACUACUUUGUGAUGUUCAUGUUCAUAUUUCCCGUUUCUUCUGUCGUCUCUAUCAUCUCUCUCUCUCUCUUGUCUUCUCUUCUGUUGGGUUGCAUAGAUAGAUGCUAGUAAUGUACUCAGUCGCAGCUUGUACUAUGAAUGAAGUCUCUGUUUUGUUUUC